GUGGCAGCUGGCGGUAAUGGCGUCGUCGGAAAGAAGUACCAAGGAGAAGCUGUUGUCCCUGCUGGAUGAUCUGGAAGUGUUGUGUCGGGAAUUAAUUGAGUUGCUUGCAUUAUCCAGAAACCAGAAAAUUGCACAAGCAGGAGAGGAAAAUCAGAUCCUGGAUCUGUUGAUACAGAAAGAUGGAGCAUUCCAAGAAAUAGUAAGAGUAGCAAUAGAACAAGGCAAGAUCCAAGAGGAAAUGCAUCUUCUGGAGAAAGAGGUGGAAAAAAGAGAUGGUGACAUCCAGCAGUUACAGAAACAGCUCAAAGAGGCUGAACACAUAUUAGCAACUGCUGUGUAUCAAGCCAAAGAGAAAUUAAAAUCGAUAGAGAAAGCAAGGAAAGGUGCCAUCUCAUCUGAAGAGCUUAUUAAAUACGCACAUCGGAUAAGUGCUAGUAAUGCUGUAGCAGCCCCAUUGACAUGGGUUCCAGGUGACCCCCGGAGACCUUACCCUACUGAUCUGGAAAUGAGGAGUGGACUUUUGGGACAGCAAAGCAACCUUUCUACCAAUGGGGUGAAUGGACAUUUACCUGGGGAUGCAUUGGCUGCAGGCAGAUUACCAGAUGUACUUGCACCUCAAUACCCAUGGCAGUCAAAUGACAUGUCUCUCAACCUAUUGCCUCCAAACCACAGCAAUGAUUUUAUGCUGGAGCCUCCUGGACAUAAUAAAGAGAAUGAAGAUGAUGUGGAAGUUAUGUCAACUGAUUCUUCAAGCAGUAGUAGUGACUCUGAUUGAUUGAAACCAAGAGAACAUGUCUUUUUCUGUUCAAUGUUUGGACUUCUAGCAUUGGAAAUUCAUUUUCUUUCCACUGCUCUUUUCCUUUCUACCCAAUACUGUUGAUGCUGACCUGGUAGGAACAUAUCAAGAAAGUGUACUUCGAUGAACAUGGGUAAAACUUCACUUCAACACAGGAAAAUGUUCUUUUUUUAAACUCAUUGUCCAAUGUGAAUAUCCUUGAUUGUACUUUAUUUUAAUAGAUGGUGAUAAUACCAAAUAAUAGGAAACCAGACGUUAUUAGGUAUGAAAGUCUGCAGAAUAAACACAGAAACCCAAAUGAUUGAUUUAUUAUUUGACCUUUAACAUUAUGCACAAGAAUAAAUAAGUCAUUCUCCCUGAUUACUGCGUAAGUCUCCCAAUGGAGUAUUCUGAUCCACUGUAUCUCUCACCUGUUCACUGGAUCGGGAAGUUGGCAUUGCUGACGUCAUUGUGUCCAUUGAUUGCUGCCUCUCAUCCCGAUCCUCACUUCACUCUCAUUACCUUGCUUACCAUCCGCUUUGUUGUCAUCCUGUCUAACAGCUAGUGUCAGGUGCAAGCCAAGAAAACAAAACAAAAAAAAUUUGAUUGCCAUGAUAAGUGAAACUGAGAAGAGGAGAUUUAAUUGCCAGGACAUGUUAAAUGAACUCUGGUCGUGCAUUUUUUUUUACUUGGAAUGUUAAAAGUUAAGAAAUUGAGCAAAUCGCUGUUUGCUUUUGCAGGCAGUCCAUGAGUGUAUGCAAGUUGGAAUGCAAUAAGUGUAAUAUUACUUAUCCUUAUCUUAUUUGGACUUAUUAAAGAUAGUCAGCAUGGUAAGCUAGUCAGAGAUUAAGUCACAUGAGGUUGGAUACAAAGUUGCCUUGGUCAUAGAAGACAGAAGGUCGUUGUGGAGGAUGUUUCUUUUUGACUGGAUCGGGUAGUUGGCAUUGCUGACGUCAUUGUGUCCAUUGAUAUUCCACAAGGAUCUGUGCUGACACCUCUUUAUAAUGUAUAUAAUAAUGAUUUGGAUGAAAACGUAGGUGGUCUGAUUUUAAAGUUUUCAGACAAUAUGAAAGUUGGUGGAUUUGUGACUAAUGAGGAGGUUAUCAAAGGAUACAGCAGGAUGAAGAUCGAUUGGAAAGUUGGGCAGAGAAAUGGCAGAUAGAGUUUAGUUCCUAGUCCACAUGUCCAGACAAGGGUGGGGUGAUGCAUUUUAGAAAGUCAAAUACAAAUGUAUACAGUAAAUAAUGGCAGGAUCCUUAGAAGUAUUAGUUUAUAGAGGAAUGUUGCGGUGUAAGUCCAUAGCUCCCUGAAACUGGUAACACAAGUAGAUAGGUGGUAAAGGUGGUGUAUGGCAUGCUCUCUUUCAUUGGUUAGGGUUUUGAGUAUAAAAGUUGGCAAGUCAUAUUGCAGCUGUAUUAGAUUUUAGUUAGGCAGUUUGGGAAACCAUACUAUAGGAAGGAUGUGGAAGCUUUGGAGGGAAUGUUUGCCAGGAUGCUGUCUGAAUUGGAGUGUAUUAGCUAUCAGGAGAGGUUUGACAAAAGGAUUGUUUUCACGAGAACAUCAGAGACUGAGGGGUGACCAGAUGUAUGUAUAUUAAAUUAAAGGCAUGAGAAGGGUAGAUAGUUAAGUAUCUUUUUCUCAAGGUGGAAUUGUCAAAUACAAGGGAUGUAGGUUUAAGGUGAGAAGGGAAAGUUAAAGGAGAUGUGUGAGUAAAGUUUUUAAAUGCAGAGUGUGGUAGCUACUUGGAACACGCUGCCAGGGAAGGUGAUAGAAGCACCACCAAGAAGAUAUGUUAACAAAGUUUGAGGUGUUUAGACAGGCAUAAGAACAAGUAGGAAAUAAAGGAAUAUGGAUCAUGUGCAGGUGUGUGGGAUUUAUUUCGAAUAACAUAAUGGUCAGCACACACAUGGUGGGCUGAAAGGCUUGUUCCUAUGCUGUAUUUGUUUAUUAUUCUAGCUGUUGGUUCCAUUUAAGUAAAUUCAUAAGUCAGUUUAUACACCAGUUGAAAUGCAGUGCAGUACAAUACAAGCAAAUGUUCACAAGUUUGAAUGAAACUUCAGUCCCUUUAAUGAUAAAUUGGAAUUUCAUUCUUUAAGUUGCACAUUCGUAAGUCAGGAACCAUAUGUAUCCGUGUUAAUUUAUUCUCGUCAAUGUUUUGCGGUUGUAUACUGAAUUUGGAAUUAGUUUUAGCAAGAAGCCAGCAUCCCUGACAUUAAUGUCACAUGCACUAACUACAUGUGCAAUGAGUCCAGCCCCUGCAAUUGCAAUGAAAACAGUAGAACUAUUUGCAUCCAUUAACAACAGAAGUUCUUGUUGUGAGGUUGUGUAAAAGCACUAUUAAGAUAGGUUGAUGGGAUUGCACUUUGUAUCUUGGUGAGUUGUCUGAAUGUGAAUAAUUAUUGCCAGUGGAUACUUAAAAUACCUACUUUCAAAUUCCUAUCUUCUCAAAAGUUGACACUGUUGACUUGGCAAGCCCCAAAAAAUCUUUGUUAAAAGACAACUAGAGCAACUAUAACAUUGCGAUAUUAAAACAAAUUUUCCAUGAAAAU